AUGCCUGGAGGACGAGGGGCGAAGAAGAGUGGACGCGAGCCUCAGGAGCACAAGGACCUGGGAACAGUCGUCCGCGACGCUCGGAAGGCGAAGAAGGCUGCUCGCGAGAGCGAGGCAGUGCGAGGUGGGGACGUCGAGGCGUCUGCAGUCCAAGGUCAGCCUGCUGCUGGAUCGCAAACUCAGGAGGAAGAAGUUUCCCCUGGGUUCCAAGGUUCGACGGAGGUGAAUUCUGGGUCGCGGAUUCCUGAAGUCCCAGAGGAGCACACCCGCGAGGGUGGUGCUCAGGCGUCUGAGGGAGGCGCCAAUGCGGUUGAGCCCCCGGAGGUGAUUGACUUGAUCUCAUCUUCGGACGAGUCUGUUGUGGAAGUGAAGUCGGAGCGUGAAGUCGGAGCCCGUGCGAGCGAAGGAGGAGGCGAAGACUCAGAGUUCCAAGCGGCACCCAGGAAGACGCCUGAAAGCGACAUCCGGGAAGCUGCUGCGCCUGCUCCGGAAUCGGGAGCAGCGGCGUUGGACGCCGGGAGCAUGGUGCUGUACAUUCGACGUGAAGUUCGACGCUGGGAAGAGGUGAAUCCUGGGAAGGUGACGCCGCCAAGUGUCGUUUAUGAGUGGCCGACUCCGAAACCGGAUGCCAACUCGUACUUCGCGGCCGCGUACGCAACGGGAGACUACCUCAAGUGGCGUUUGUCUCUGGAGAAUCAAGAUGAAGCCUGGAUCUCUGAGUUUCACCUCGCCCGGUGGGGCGUCGGAACUGCUCAGGAUCUCAUGGCGACUACGAUUCCCCAGAGUAUCAUGACCACCCGCGAGUGCGUCGCCAUUCUGCAGACUCUGUUCUUCGAAGUCGGAUUUGAGUUUGUCAAUUUGAUCCCUGGCUGGUCUUCGACGCGUGCUUCCAGGAUUCCAGAAAGUCUGGUGCGCUCUGUCAUGGAGGAAACCCAGAAUUUCAUCGCCGUGGAACUGGUCGAGUGGAGAUUGGUGAUAGCUGGUGUGCCUUUCAAGGUAAACUCUGAAGAUCACGUCGCACCAAGCGCCCAAGAGCAAGCACCAAGACUGGACUACCACAAGGAAGAUGGAGACGGUGAUCUAUUGAUGACGGACUAUGAUGCGGAUCUACUGGGCCGACAGCGCGGUGCCAAGCGUCAUCGUACCUCGCGCGCUUCGGAUGAGAGUACUGCCUCGGGCGUUCAAACGGCUUAUGGUAGCUCUUCGUCUUCGUCGAUGAUGUCGCUUGGACAACGAGUUGGAGCUCUAGCGCUUGUGGCCCAGCGUGCCGGUGGCUUUGCAGCUGCCGGUGAUCUUGGAUUUCAGGUCACCCGGACCGUCAUCCGCUCGAGUGGAUCCAGGAAUCUUGGGUCAGUUUCGUCCGUGUCCGCGAGGUCUGGGCCCGCCCAAAUCGAGAUGAACGUCUUGCGACAACAGCAGGAGUGGCAGGCCCGCAUGGAACAGGAGCAACGCGAGUUUCUCGCCAGAGAACGCCUGGAUGCCUUGGAGCGCGAGCGCCUCAGGGAACAACGUGACCUGGACGCGCGUCGCCAGAUCCAGGAACUUACGGAUCGCUUGGUCCACGCUGAGAUCGCCCGAGGAGGAGCGGAACGGCGUGCGCAGGACGUGGAGGCUCGCCAGACCCAGAGUUCCACUGAAACUCAGAGGAUGACCCAGAGUAUCACGGAAGCUGUACGUUUUGAGCGUGAGCGCCUGGAUGCCGCCUACGCCGAGCGCUGGCAACAGCACGAAGCCGAAGCCGACUCGGAGCGCGCGCGCUGGGUUUCCGAGACCUACGCCGGUUGGAAGGAACAAAUGUCAACUAUGGAGCAGAAGCGCUUCCACGCCGGCCAAGUGCGCGACCUUCGCGCAACAUUGGCCCAAGUUCAAGCGCGUCGUGCAACCGUCGCCCCUGACUUGGCAACAAAUGUGAGGUCGUCAGUGGCUCAGAACCCUGAAGUUGCAACCCGACCCCAAGAAUCCAGUGGCGUAAUCAACGGAAACGCAAGUGUCACAGGCCAGAGACGGGAGACAGCUGAUCCGAAGAACACUUCCGAAGUCGCCGCCUCCCAGCUAAGAGCGACCCUCGCGCAGACUUCCGCUGACACUUCCGGCAGAAUCGCGCGCGUCAAGCGGGGACAUGGCGCUACGGAGACCAAGGUGACGCAGGAUGUCAAGCUCGAGCCUGUGUCUCUGGGGAAGACGUCGGAUCCCAGGAGAACAGCGACCUCUAAGGCCUCGCAGGACUCUAAAACAGACUCCAAGCGCUCUGCACCCAAGAAACACCAGCAGAAGAAGAUGAAGCGUCAGGAUGUCAAUCCACCCUCGGACUCAGACCCAAGCUCCGAUUCCAGCGAUGAUGACUCGUCCUCUCGUUCGGAUGACAGUUUGGACGGGAACCCUGGGGUUAACCUGACGACGGCCUCUACGGCUCAAGCUGGCACUACGCUCCUGACGUUCAGACCGUACAUCAACUCGAAUACUCUGGGUGAGUUCGAUACUAAGGCGUCACUCAGGGAACGCGUGCAUUGGUGGGAGCGUUUUGCGAACAUGGCGGCUCAGGGAGGUUGGUCUACGAAGAUGCGAAUUCAGGAACUCAAGUUGAAACUCUCGGGAGCUGCGCGUGACGGGUUCAACCAGUUGCCCAAAGACACUCAGCGUGACUGGAAGGAGUUGGCGUCUGCAUUCAGGAAGAAGUACUCGUCGUACUCUGAACGUUACUUCACGAUGGAGAUGAAGAACUCAGAGAGCGCCCUGGAUUUCUUUUAUCGUCUGAAUUCCGCCGCUGGGAAGGCUGACAUUGACUUUCGCAAGUCUUCGAAGCGCCCGGAGAAACAUAUCCGGAGGUUCAUCACGAAACUCAGGGACACGCGCCUCAAGACGUCGCUGCAGGGCCAGAGAUUCAGGAGUAUCGCUGAUCUAGAGUACGCUCUGGAACAGGACGAAGAUGUCUGGAGCCGCAGCGACCAUGAUGCUCCGCCACCCAGAGUUCGUGACUUUCGUGCCGACAACAUUCCUCAGGGACGUUUCAAACCGAAGCGACAAGGACGUGCGUAUGUGACUAGGGGCGAUGUCUCUGACUCUGAGUCAGACGAAGACCCUGAAAUCCACGCGCGUUUCCAGGAAAUCACGGACGAACCCAGAGUUUCAGUCCGAAGUGCGAGCGCGAAUUCAGGGUCAACUCGUGAGAUCUCUGGAGAAGAAGCUUUUACGCCUAGCGCUGGGAGUCUGGCGAGUAUGAAGGGUGACGAGUGGACUCAGACGCUGACGAACGAGGUCUAUCGCGACAAGUUCUGCGAGAAGUGCGGCAAGUGGGGGCGCCCAGAGGAAAACUGCUGGAAAGACGUGAAGUGUGAUCGCUGCCUGGAAGUGGGUCAUCCGACUCACUUGUGUCGCGCGCAACCGUGCGAGAACUGUGGCAAACUGCAUCUCGGGAAACCGUGUGAAGACUGGAAGACAGUGGAAGCUGUGAAGAAACUCGCCCGCCAAGGUGCACUGAAGGACAUGCCGAGCCAAAUCCUGGAUAAACUCCUGGAUGGCGAAGCAAACUCUGGGAGGCCGUCAAACCAAUAA